CACUGCGUGCUCUUCCGGUUCAGAGGUCAGCGCAGAGUUUCUGUUUAAACCAACAAUAGCUGUGGGAGUAAAUAUCCCCCCCAUUGGGUAUGGGGUGGACAAGUAUCCCACCCAUUAGGCGUGGGUAGGGGUAAGUAUCCCACCCGUUGGAGGCGUGGGGGGGAAUAAAUAUUCCAUGUGUGAGUGGGGUUUUGAAUAACGUGUGCAUGCGUGAUGAGGCUGGAAGGGCAACUAUCCCACAGUGGGGUUUACCAAAACACUAAGAUGGGCUUGGGAGGUUUAUAAAAUCACUGAACUGGGGGGGUGAGUAGUGUACAAAAUAACUGGGCUGGUCUGAGUUUAUAUAAGCGAUGGGCUGGGAGGGUGUUGUAAAAUUACUGGGUUGGGAACAUUUAUAAAAGCAUAGAACUGGGUGGGAGGUUUUAUAAAACACCAAGCUCUCAGGGGUUGUUGACAAAAUGACUGGUCUGUGAGGCUGUUAUAAAUUUACUGGGGUUUGUAUUGUUUGGAUAGGAAAAUGUUACGAAUUCUCGCUGCAGCGGUAACAGGAGCUCAGACGAAUGGCGGUUUAUGGGCUGUGCAGCCACCACGAGGCCCUGCUGUUACUGCCAGGAAACCCAGUUCAGAGACAGCCAGGAAAUGGAUGGUGUGGUACUUUGUCCUUAGUCUGAGGAGCUGUAUGAGGGAAGGUCUUGCAGAAUAUCAGGGAGGAAGGUGAGGGAGGGCAGGCAGGCAGUUGUAGUAGGUGUAAUAGAGCUGGAGGAACUGAUGGCAAUGUAGAAACAACAGAAAUGGGAGAAAAAUGGAGUCCAUGUUGACCAGGAGCUUUUAUGAACAUCUGGUAUAGGCUGCUGGACCCGAAGUAGAAACUCCUGGACCUAUGUUUGUAGCAAAUGGGAAAAACUGUUGUGGGUCUCAGGUGUUUGCAAGCCAGGUUACUGCUGCUAUCAUGUUAUCAAGGCCCUCCUCAACCGUCUACUCCCUGUGGCUGAAGAACUCCCCUUGGAAUCGCGGUGCGGCUUCUGGCUGCAGGGACACAAGGGACAUGAUUUUCAUCACGUGAAAGCUGCAGGAGAAACGCAGAGAAAAGAACCUACCCCUAUACAUGGUCUUCCUUGACCUUACAAGGCCUUUGACACUGUCAACCAGGUAGCAUUGUGAAGUAGCCUUCUCCCCUUCGGCUUGUCACCAUCCUUUGCCUGCUCCACAAUGACAUGGAAGUUGUGGUAAUGACAUGGCUCCACCACCAACCCACUCCCUGUUUGGACCAGUGUCAAGCAGGGCUGCAUUAUCUCCCCAAAGCUGUUCUUGAUCUACCUUGCUACAUUGCUUCACCUUACUGCUGACAAGCUCCCCACUGGAAUGGAGCUAACCUGCAGAACCAACAGGAAAUUAUUCAACCUCUGCCGCCUCCAGGCCAAAACCAAAGUCACCCUUACCACUGUCAUCAAGCUGCAGUAUGCGGAUGAUGUUUGCCUAUGUGCCAACUUAGAGGACAAACUCAAAUGUUGUCAGCACCUUUAUUGCGGCUUAUCAGUGCAUGUGUCUCACCCUGAACAUCCACAAGUCAAAGAUUCUCCUCUAACCUGACCUGGCAUUGUGGAGUGAACCCUUGAUCAUCAACGUCCACAGGAGGCCUUAGAGAAGGUUGGCCACUUGCAGUACCUCUGGAGUGUCCUGUCAUCCAAAAGUUAUUUAUGAGGAGGUCCAGCACCGCCUCCAAUGUAAUAGUGCAGCCUUCAGCUGCCUGAGGAAAAGGGGUUCGAGGACAACAACAUCUGAUCUGACACCAAGUUCAUGGUAUGCAGAGCUGUGGUGGUUCCUGCUUCUUAUAUGGCUCUGAGAUGUGGACUGCCAACAACUAACACCUCAAGGCACUGGAGCAGAACCACCGUCACUGCCCGCACAAUAUCCUGCAAAUCCCCUGGGAAGAAACUCACUUUCUUACUCCCCAAAGCCUGUCCAAUGUCUACAAGACACAAGGCAGGAGUGUGAUGGAAUAUCCCCACUUGCCCAGAUGAGUGUAGCUCUAACAACACCGAAGAAGCUUGACACCAUCCAGAACAAAGCAGGCUGCUUGAUUGGCACUACAUCCACAAGCAUCCACUCCCUCAACUACUGACACUCAGUAGCAGCAGUGUAUACUAACUACAAGAUGCACUGCAGAAAUUCACCAAAGGUCCUCGGACAGCACCUUCCAAACCCAUGACCACUUCCAUCUAGAAGGACAAGGGCAGCAGAUACAUGGGAACACCACCACCUUCAAGUUCCCCUCCAAGCCUCUCGCCAUCUUAACGUGGAAAUAUAUUGCCGUUCCUUCACUGUCACUGGGUCAAAAUCCUGGAAUUCUCUCCCUCAUGACAUUGUGGGUCAACCCACAGCAGGUGGACUGCAGUGGUUCAUGAAGGCAGCUCACGACUACCUCCAAGGGUAACCAGGGACAGGCAAUAAAUGGUAGCCAGUCAGUAACGCCCACAUCCCCCAAAUGAAUAAAUUUUUAUAAAAAGAUGCACCAGCAUCCUCGACCAGGUCAACAUCACUGGUGUCGAGAUGGUGACCACCCUUGAUUGGCUGUGAUGUGCUGGGUCAUGUGAUGACAUGACCGGCACAAGACUCCGUGAGAGGCGCUCUACUCCCAGCUCCAAAACAACAGGCAAGCCACAGGUGAACAGAGGAAGUGCUUCAGGGAUACCAUCAAGGCCUCUCUGUCAAAGUGCAACAUUCCCACAGACACUUAGGAAUCACUGGCCCAAGACACUCCAAAGUGAAGGAGAAGUAUCCAGGAAGGCAUCGAGCUCCUAGAGACUUGCCGUCAGGAAAACGCAGAAGCCACUCAAAAACGGUGUGAAGAGUGGUUUGGCAAUGCAAUGCCCCACUCGUCCCUUUCCACAACUACCUUCUGCCCCAAGUGUAACAGAGUCUGCAGAAGUCACAUCGAACUGUGCAGCCAUCUACAGACUCCCCCCAAGAGGGGAAGAGAAUCAUCCUUGUCUGCGAGGGACCGCUGAUGAUGAAAUAUCCUGCUCAUUGUGUCUUCGGAGGUGUUGCCACUGAAACCUAAGGGCCAUGGAUGACAACCUAGAUUUCACCACUGGAGAUGCUGGGGCCUCUGCUACCUUUCCAAUGCAGUGUUCCUCUUUGCGCAAGAAUGGAUUUGUGAUUCUGAAAGGGCGCCCCUGCAAAAUUGUUGAAAUGUCUACAUCCAAGACUGGCAAGCAUGGGCAUGCCAAGGUUCACAUGGUUGGUAUUGAUAUAUUCACUUCAAAGAAGUAUGAAGAUAUCUGUCCCUCUACCCACAAUGUUGAUGUCCCCAGAGUCACGAGAAAUGAUUAUCAGUUGAUUGGAAUUACAGAUGGCUACCUCUCUCUGAUGACAGAUAAUGGUGAGAUACGUGAGGAUCUGAAACUACCAGAAGGUGAUCUGGGAAAGGAAAUACUUCAGAGAUAUGAUGCUGGUGAAGAUAUAAUGGUCACAGUUCUGAGCGCAAUGAAUGAAGAGGCCGCUGUUGGCAUCAAGCACAUGACUAAGCAGUAAACAGGGAUCAAGAGACCAGUCCUGACUACUCAGGCCAAAACCUUGGAUCUUAAUUAGGUUAAUUAUCGCCAAAGUAAUGGCCUUCACACCACGACCUCAUUUCCUUCGAAUUUUUUUUCCAAAUGGCACCAGACCAGACUUGACUUUGCUGCCCAAUUGGCUGGUCAGUUGUUGCUACGGGCUGAUUGGCUUUGUACUAAAUCAUGGGUAUUGAUGCUCCCUAAUAAAAGUAUGGCAAUGUAAUAUUUGCUGCCGUUGAUCCUAUUUUUGUUUGUAGAACUGGCCUAUAGUGUGAAUUCCAAAAGCUGCCUGCCCAGCGAGUGGUUUGAUGUCCAACCUCAUUGCUUAAUGAGUGUUUCCUACACAAUACACUUAGCAGCCAUGAGCAACUAACUAUUACCUCUGUUACACUCCUAAGUUUUUUUAAAAAAAAAAAAAAAAAAUUGUUGCACCUUGUGUUGCAAAAUUCUACUAAUACAAUUUUGGUGCUUGUCCUGGGCAGAUGGGGCAAAUUUUCCAAAUAUUGCAUUAUAAAAGAAGUCUAUAUAAAUCUGGAGACUGUGUAUUAUGCUGCAAAAUUUCACUCGAGAUCUCGACUGAUUAAAAAUUGUUAUUCAAUUGCUUAUUACUUUUAUUGUAUUUAUCAUGCAGUAGGAUUAAAAUAUGUGAAUCAUUUCCUGGAA